AUGAGAAAAAAUUUGUUUAUGCGACUUGUUGGUGAUCUGGAGAUGAAUUAUCCUUAUUUUCAAACAACAUUUGAUGCAACAAAUCAAAGAAGUUUCAGUGCACUACAAAAAUGCACAUCAACAAUACAUCAAUUCGCAAAGAGUUAUAACACAUACUCGUUAGAUGAGUAUCUGAAUAUGUCAGAAAGAACUUCUCGUGAAGCUCUUAAAAACUUUUGCUAUGGUGUUGUUCAAAUGUAUAAGGCAGAAUAUUUACGUCGUCCAACAUCCACUGACAUUUACCUAUUGUAUGAAGCACAUGAAGCUAGACAUGGAUUCCGUGGAAUGCUUGGUAGCAUUGACUGCACACAUUGGAAUCGGAGGAAUUGUCCAACAAAAUUGAGAGACCAAUACAUGAGGGCCGGUUCGAACAAUGAUUUAAAGGUCCUCUACCAAUCACCACUGUUUAAUGAGAAAUAUCAUGGAACGGGACCCGAUUGUUCAUUUUAUCUGAAUGAUGAACACUACAAGCAUGGUUACUAUCUUGCAGAUGAAAUAUAUCCAUCAUGUAUUGUAUUUGUGAAGUUGUAG